CACAUUGUCUUAACGAUGGAAACGGACGGCUGCGAUCCGAACGAUCCUCUGAUGGGAAAUCUUAAUCCCUCCGCCUCUCCAACCUUUGGCUUCACGAGGGAAAAGAGCGGGUGGUACCACUGCACGUGUUUCCUUGUCUCCCUGCGAAGGAAGGCUGUCAUAUGCGUAGCGAAGCAUCAGCAGCGGCCUGUGGCGAGUCCUCCUGCGAGGACUCCAACGAGCUGCGAUCCUUCGCCUUUGCUGAUGGAGAGGGACUUUCUGGGACUAAACGGCGACGCCGCGGUGGCUCUGCAGGUGAAGGAGCGCAGCAGGGGAUUCCAGGAUUCAUCAGAUUCAAUAUCGAUCUUUACUGUAAAUCCAGCAGUUCAGUGGCCUUACGCAAACGAAACUGCUGCUCUGCUUCAAGUUCAAUCACCAAAUGCUGCAGAUGAAUGUAAGCUGGAAAGGACGACGUUCGACCACUUCUCCUUCCCUGGUCUUCACAUCAACCCAAAAUGCUUUCCUGUGACACUCUCUAAUCUCGGAAGACAAGGACUGAAGCAGCACCUCACCAGUUCUUCUGCUACCAUAGCUUCGGAUUGUCCUCUGGUCUCGCAUUACUCCACUCCACUUACCGGAAAUGGAGGAGCCACUGCAGCAGAAGACCAUUCUGUGAGAUCCACAUUUUUAGGAGACCGCUCGUCAUGGAACACAUCGAAGUCCUUUUCAUCGCCCUCACAGCUAACCAUCUUCUACGGAGGGUCAGUGAUAGUGUACGACAAUGUCUCAUCGGAUAUGGCUCGUGAAAUCAUGUUGCUGGCCAGCAGCAGGAAUCAUGCAGCUGCAGCCUCAACUCCUGUGUCUUUGAGUCCUGCAACCACAACCUCGCCUAGAGCAAUACCUCUGUCUCGCAAGGCAUCUCUGGCACGGUUCGUGGAGAAGCGCAAGCAAAGAAUGAUCAACUACAAGCCUUAUCCCUUCUGCGACAAGAGAAAAGAUGCCAACUCGAGUGCAGCAGUCACACGUGCAAGCCAUGAAAACAGUGACUCAGAUAGUGGACCGUCUUCCCACAGAUGCCAAUAACUAGAGCAUGAACGAUUCAGCUUUUCUCUUCUUCCCUCCGAUCCAAUCAUUGCGAUGUAUCUUCUUAAACUGUGAGCUGCACUGUGGACAAUGGCAUCUAACAAAAAAAAUGAAAGAGCAUGCUAUCAUGGAAGCGACAGUGGAAAGGUUCCGUUGUGCUUUCUAAAUAGGAAAGAAAAGAAGAAGAACACUGUACUGUGUGUGCAUCAUCGCCUUCCUUUUCUUCCACUACUUUGGUCUCCGAUCGAAUGCGUUGGCCAACAGCGACGGUGGUUCUCAGCCUCCACGAGGGACCACGCGAUAGACAACACAUUUGAUUGCUGCCGUUUCUCAUCUUCUAUGCUUUGGGUGGAAAGAGGUGGGGAAUCCACCGACUGUCUACCUUCUUUCAUGCCGAAUGAGACAUACAGAGAGCUAAAUUGUGGCCUAUUUACUUUGCUCUGCAUCCAUCUGUGGUCCUCCAUAG